AUGUUUGAUGCUCACACAGUGAAGGAGGUCUCUUCGACCUACGUGAAGCCUGCCGAUUUUCACCCGACGUAUGGCACGGCCGGGUUUAGGUCAAAUGCAAGCCUCCUCACCUCAACCGUCUUCAGAUGCGGUUUGCUCGCAGCGGCGCGUGCGCUGCUCCUCAAUGCGAAUACCGGACUCAUGAUCACUGCUUCACAUAACCCAGUGGGAGACAACGGCGUGAAAAUGGUAGACCCGGAUGGUGGUAUGAUGCCACAGAGCUUCGAGGCCGUGGCAGCUGAGCUUGCAAACUGUGAGGACGACGAUGCAGUUGUCGCCGUACUCCGAGACCGCGUCUUCGCCCAGUCUGCCAGCGGCAACUCACCCUCCGUGUCUGCACCGGACAACCUCACCGUACACGUCGGGCAUGACACCCGCCCGAGCGCGCCGGUUUUGCUCGCUGCGGCUAUAGCAGGGGUGCGCGCGCUUAAUGUCCAGGCGCACUCCUACGGCUGCGUAACCACGCCUCAGCUGCAUUUCCUGGUUCACGCUGCGAACCAGAACCCUCCCCACCGGCCUUCCCAAAGCACCGCCAGUCAGACAGCGCUUCAGCCGCUUCAAACCUAUUUCGACGCCAUCGUUGGCGCUGACCGUAGCCACGGCGGGCCCUUGUUCGUGGACUGUGCCAACGGUGUGGGUGCUGAGCAACUGCAGAAGCUGGUCCCCGCCCUCCACGACAUCGGCGUGGAGCUGCGGCUGCGGAACACGGGACAGGGUGGGGGGCAGCUCAACCACCGAUGUGGUGCCGAUUUUGUACAGAAGGACCGACUUCCGCCCUCUGAGUUCGAGGACGUCCCGCCCGGUGCCAGGUGCUGUAGCGUGGACGGAGACGCCGAUCGGCUCGUGUACUUUAGCCUGAACCUGGAAGCCGCGGACGGUGGAGCUGCCGAGGGCGGAGGCGGCACCGCUGCUCCGGUGUCACCAUGUCGCGGCAUCUCGCUACUGGACGGAGAUAAGGUGGCAAUGCUGGCGGCGGUGUACAUCAGGGACAGUAUGAACCAGCUGCCGGCGGAGCUGCUGCACGGUGUUUGCUGUGUGCAGACGGCGUAUGCCAACGGUGCCGCUACAGCCUACCUGCGGGAUGUGCUACAGCUGCCCACGGUGUGCACACCCACAGGUGGGGUCAAGUACCUGCACGAGGCGGCCCACAGCGCAGACCUAGGCAUCUACUUCGAGUCGAACGGCCACGGCACCGUGCUGUUCUCCAAAGCCCUGGUGGAGCGGUUGAGAACGGCUGCGGCGCACGUCCCAGCGGCUAGGGAGCUGCUGCUGCUGUCCCAGCUCAUCAACCAGACGGUCGGUGACGCCAUCAGCGGUAUACUUCUGGUGGAGCUCAUUCUGAGGCGGAAGGGCUGGACGCUGGCGGAGUGGCAGGCGCUGUAUUCGGACCUGCCCAGUCGGCAGCUCAAACUGCAGGUGGCAGACCGCAGCUGCAUCACUACGGCGGAUGCGGAGCGCGUGUGUGUCGCACCGGUGGGCCUCCAGGACGCCAUCACGCGGGUCGUCAGCUUGGUUCCCCACGGCAGGGCCUUCGUUCGUCCGUCCGGAACGGAAGAUGCGGUGCGGGUAUAUGCGGAGGCGAACACUCAGGAACAGGCAGACGAGCUGGCACGGCAGGUUGCGCGGCUGGUGUACGACAUGGCCGGCGGCGUGGGACCGCGACCCUAAGCUAGCGACAAGUAGUCGAAUGCAUACAGCACUCGCUAGGACGCUGAGCUGCAAAGAAGCCCAGGGAAAUCCGUUGGGAGAUAUUCCAUACAUGGCGGAAUGCGCG